CAAUGGCCGAGGGGGAGAGCCCGCCUCCUCCCGCUCCCUGUUGCUGGGGCAGCGGCUGUCAAUAGCCCCCGAGCGGCCCCUUUAAGCGUAGCGUGGCAACGGCGCCGCGUCCGCAGAAAAAAUCUGUGCGUGAAGACUUCUUUCCGUCUUUCCGUAUCCAAAAGGCAGACAAAAGUGAGGUAUAUCUUGGCUACAUCCUCACCGUUGGAGUUAUUUGCCCCACACAGAGAUCAGUGCUGCCACACAGAGAAAAAUGCAUUCUGAAUGGUAACUACUGCUUGCUGAACUGAACUACAAAGAUCUUAUGCUUUGGAGAUGAAGAUGAUAAAUACAAAGAAAUAAUCCAGCUGCUGCCAUUGUGACUACUAAAAGGUCUUUUGUAUCAAAAUGAACAGUCUUUGAGAAAAAUCUGGAGAGCAGCUAAUUUAAAAAAAAAAUGGGAGAAAGAGUAAGAAGCCCAGAUUCUGAACAAGACAGAAAAUCAGAUGGGGAUAGAAAUAGUGACUCCUAUUAUUCGGAUGAAGAUAAUGUAUCUCACUCAUCUGGCCAGUCACCCACACUAAGCUAUCCAUCUACAAGCCAAGAAAAGAGAGAUCACAAAACACAAACUUCAAACAGUCUUGUGCACUACCAAGCCACAAAGAAAUUGGUUUCCAAAUAUGCACCAAGCAAAAGAGGGACACGGUGGGGUUUCCGUUCUCAGAGCCUCACUAGGGAUUCUCCUGCGAAGGAUAUAGAUCUCGUUACAAAAAGAGUUCUUUCUGCUAGGCUGCUGAAAAUCAAUGAGCUCCGAAAUGAACUGACUGAACUCCACAUCAAACUAGAUGAGCUGCAGAAGGAAAACAGGGCGCUGAAGAGGCUUCAGCACAGGCAGGAGAAAGCCUUGAAUAAGUUUGAAGAUACAGAAAAUGAAAUCUCUCAGCUCCUUGCUCGACACAACAAUGAGAUUAGAAUACUGAGGGAGCGCCUACGAAAAUCUCAAGAGAGAGAACGUGCCACUGAGAGAAGGCUGAAAGAUUCGGAAGACGAACUGUACAGAACAAAAACUGUCUUGCAGAAACUGAAAAAGCUGUCUGCAGAUAAGCACCUUGCUGAAAGAGAUGACCUGGCAAAAAAACUAGCCUAUGCAGAGAGCAGACUUGAGGACAGUGAAAAAAGAAUUAAGGAUCUGGAAAAAAAUCUUGAAUUAAGUGGUAGCAGUUUUCAACGAGAGUUACAGUCAAAGAAAAAAAAGGUGCAUGAAGCUCAAGAAGAAAACAGAGUUCUCCAAGAAGAGCUUCAACAACUUAGUCAGAAGCUGAAGGAAAAGGAAAGAGAACUUGAAGCAAAAAAUAUAUAUGCUAAUCGUAUGUUGAAGCUAUCACCAAGAAAGGACGUGGAUAUUAUACAAAGAAAGAAAGCCAACAACCAAAACAUUAAAAAGGGAGCACAGCUCACAAAAGGAGUACAGACCAGUGGAUACUUCUCACCAAUAGAAUUUCCUCCAGAAUCAGAACUUGUUUGUGGUGACACAAUAAAUAAGAAAGAAGGGAUUCUUCCCAGAAUAGAAAAAGAGCCUCAAGACCUUGAAUGGAAAGAACACGGAGACCUCCUGAGACAAGACCAAGACAGGGAAAGGGAAGAGAAACUGAAACGUGCUCAGGAAAUACAGUCUUUAGAGGAGAGAUUUCAGAAACUACAUGACGAGUGGGACGAAUAUGGUAAAAUGAAAAAAGAAAGCAGCUUUUUAUUGGAUAAAGAAGAUAAAAUGAAGAUGGAGACAGAAACACACAAACCUGAAAUAGAGAGAGAAAGUACUGAAAUGCUGGAAGAGCAACGAAAAAAAGAGUUUCUGCUUGCUAGAAUGUAUGAAAUUGAUAGAGAAACCCAAAAUGUAAUGAACAUGAGACUUGCUUCUCAAACACCACUCGUAAAUACAACAAGAAGAUCCGAUUCCCUGGAAAUAAAAGAGAAAAAUGAUCAAUACGUUGAAAUUCCAGGGAAGGUUAGUAAUGGCUUUGCCCAAGGUGACAGCCAGGAUGAUGCCACAAAAGUACAAGGGCAGAAGCAGAAAAAUCUAAGAACUGUAGAUUUAAGUAAAGAGUUAACAUUUGGCAGUUACGUACCUUCCUUUGGAAAAGGAUCAGGGAGACCAAGUUGGCUUAAUCAAAAAAGUGAUUACUUAGAUGAAAAUAUAAAGGAAAAUGCAGAUUUUAAUAGUAAGAAAGAGAAGAAGUCCAAUUUAAUGGAACAACUCUUUGGAAGUAGUGCCAGUACCGCCCUCCAUUCUAAAAGUAAGGACGUGACACAUUUUGACGUAGACUGGGAGUCUAGUAAUGCUCUUCUUGUCAAUAAAAACAGUAAAGUCAAAGUGAAAGAAGACAGUGAUCUUUUCAGUGAAGGAAGAAACCUAAACAGACACCAUCUGCAACAAACUGCACUCAAGCCAGGAGUUAAAACCCUUGGUUCUUUAGAAGAUGACAUUGAAGAAGUAAUCUUACAAUGAUCCUAUUUUAUAUUUUUCAUAUGUAAAUACUGAAAAAAUAUUUUCAUGUGAUAUUUAUUAGAUACAGAAUUAACACAUCUCAGAUGUAUUGUAAAGCCUUAUGAAGGAAUCAUUCACUUAAAAGGGUAUUUGUAUAGAGGAAAGAGGUAUUCUGAUAGUACAGCCUCACCUA